AUGCCUGAAACGCCCAUUUUGCCGCUCCUCAAAACUGUUUUUGAAUCUAUCCUAGAGGUCUUUUUGCUAUGCUUUGCAGGUUAUGUACUCGCUCGGAGAGGCGUAGUUGAUCGCAAGACACAGAAGCAACUCAAUCGUCUCAAUGUCUCGCUCUUUACUCCUGCGCUACUGUUCUCAAAAGUAGCAUUCUUCCUAUCUCGAGAGAAAUUGCGGGAAUUAUGGAUUAUACCCAUAUUCUUUGUCGUCACCACCUGUUUGUCCAUGGCGGUCGCGUAUGUUCUAGGUCUUCUUGUUAGACUGCAGAAGUCGCAACGGAAUUUUGCUAUGGCUGCGGCGAUGUUCAUGAACUCGAACUCACUGCCCAUCGCGCUGAUGCAGAGUCUCGUCAUCACAGUCCCAGGUCUGAAAUGGGGAGAUGAUGAUAACAAGGACGCCAUGGUCGGCCGAGCAUUGACAUACCUUGUACUCUACUCCACCUUCGGCAUGGUGGUACGGUGGAGUUAUGGUGUCCGACUACUGUCCAGUGCCGAUCCCGAGUCCUCCGACCACUCACACGGGGAUCUGGAGAGCUCUUCAGACGAAGAGGAAUUCUCUCCUUCGCUCCGAGAACAAGGAGUCUUACGCAACGAGCCCUCCUCGUUCUCAAUACGCACUGAUGAUACCAAGACGGCGGGCGUGACGACAGCGGUGGAGACCGUGGAUCAUCCGGACGCUGAGCCGAACAAGUCGUUCUAUUCGUUGCCCAAUUCUCCGCAUCGUUCGGUGCAGGAUCUCCCGCCCGUUCCGUCAACGUCCAGCACGCCAACCGAAUACGAGGACGAGGACGAAGAUGACGAGCCCUUACCUGCGCGCCGGUAUGCGACAGAGCCCACAUCGACCCUAUGGCAAUCUCGGAGGCGGCGGCUACGGCGUCGCGCGAGCAAGGCGUGGAAGACAUUCUACGAGUUCAUGACCGUCCCGCUUUGGGCCGCACUCGCCUCUCUGGUCGUUGCCUGCACCCCGUCCAUGCAACACGCGCUCGACCAACACGUGCAGCCAAUCAAGGGCGCGCUCAGGAUGGCUGGCAACUGUUCCAUUCCACUGACACUCGUCGUACUUGGAGCGUACUUCUAUACCCCACCAGACCUCGAGGACGCCUCCGCCGAGGCGAAUGCACGCAGUCGUCGGUCGCUGCCGUCGUUCGCAGCGCACUCGCGGAGUCCUAGCAGGGCGUCGCGCGCGUCCAUUUUUGACAAUGUGAGGGAAAUGUUCAGCAUGAAGCAGCGGUCUGACCGGUCUGCGGUAAGUACCGCAAAGAGCGCAAACCGGCCGGGGGAGACGAAGACCGUCGUUGUCGCUGUGCUGUCGAGGAUGGUCAUCACGCCCAUCCUGUUGUUUCCGAUGAUGGCGUUCAUGACGAAGUUUAAUGUGCAGGAAGUGUUUGACGAUCCUGUAUUCGUUGUUGCUAACGCAUUGCUGAUUGCAUCGCCGCCGGCUUUGACCCUUGCGCAGAUCACACAAGCAGCAUCCGGAGACGCUUUUGAGCGUCUUAUUAGCCGCACAAUCUUCUGGUCAUAUACCGUGGUCACACCGCCCUCCACGAUCAUCGUCGUUGUCGUCGGCCUGCUUCUGUCGAAGCAGUGA